AUGCCCUCGGAUGCAUAUACUUCUUUCGCUCCCACUACGGAGCGAGCUGUUGGGAGACGAAGCAGGGUCGGAUUUCCAGCUGAUUACCCUCUUGCGUUUCAGGCUGCUGGCGAAUAUCCACAUUCGAAUUUAAAGUUUGAUGCAAAACGAGGUGUUUUUAUUGAAACGGAUCAAGACUUGCUAAACGCCCACUUAGAAAGUGCCAGUCAAUACGAGCGAUCACCACUAACAACUCGUGAACGCUCGAUACUUGCUCAAACUACGCCACGCCGUAUCUCUACAGCGGCGCUUUCUUAUCGCUCUUCUCGUCGAUUACCUACUUACACAAGUUCUACUCCAUCUCAUCGAGUACCUGUGACGCCACCUAUUAGUGUGACGCGUUCGAAUAUAUUUUCUGCAGUUCCUCCAUCUGCAUUUACCGAAGCAGGGAGGAUAUUUGUACCGUUAGUAGAAGGUGUAACACUGAGGAAAUGUAGCGAGGUUUGCAUUUCAGAUUUUGACAAGGAGGAAAAGCUAAAAUCAAACGCGUCUAUAAUAACAUCAUUUGAUCCAGAAAAAGACAAAGAAUUAUACGAAAAAGCCAUUGAGAUCUACAAGUACUUUAGAGAUAUCGGCGAUAAAGAUUCCAAGAAAAAAUAG